AUGAAAUGGUUCUUGUGUAGCUGUCAAGGGGUUAAAGAUGAAAAAAGGAAGAGAACAAGGACUUAUGCUAUAUUGGAUACGCGUACUGGGUGUACUGCUUUUGUUCAAUUUUCUAUUGGUAAAGAUGGUGUGUGGAUGGUUGUGUAUCAUAAUAUGAUUCAUAACCAUGCUAUGGUUCCUCUAAAUAAGAGGCAUUUGAUAAGAUCACAAAGUAAGGUUAGUAAGGAGGCUCUCUACUUUAUGUCUACUUUAAAAGCUAGUGGUGUUAAAGUGUCUGAUACCUUGAGGGUUUUGAGGAAAGAAGUAGGUGGAUCACCUAUGGUUGCUUUUACAGCUAGCGAUGCUUAUAAUGCUUUAUCACGUGCAAAAACUAGUAAACUUGAAGGUCAUGACUGUCAUCAGUUAAUCAAGUAUUUUACUCAGAGAAAUUCCAGUAAAGAAGGUUUUUAUUAUGACUUUGAGCUUAGUGAAGAAGAGGGACUUUUAAUUUUCUUUUGGCGUGAUGGUAGGAUGAAAAGAUAUUAUGAUUAUUUUAGGGAAUUAUUGGUUUUUGAUACUACUUAUAGGACCAAUAAAUAUGAUAUGAUGUGUGCUCCUUUUGUUGGUAUGAACAAUCAUUCUAAUAAUGUUAUGUUUGGAAUAUGUUUUGGUAUCAAUGAAAAAGCUGAAUCUUUUAAUUGGAUUUUUCAAACUUUUCUUACAUCAAUGGGUGGAAAUCCCCCAAUAACCAUUAUGACAGACGAAGCUCCAUCCAUAUAUAGCUGUCGGGAUAAGGAAUGUUUUUCCAGAUGCUAG